GUUUAUUUUGACAUUCUUUUUUGAGUGUUAUUGCUGUUUUAGUUAUAUGGCAGUAUCUACCUUAAAUGUUCCAGACGCAAACCCUGCUUUCUGGCUGCAGGAUUAACCUCGUCAUUUUUAUACAACCAGAAACUGAACCCAAAAAGGAAUCCUUCUGAACAAGUAUAUUCCCAGGGCUUACCGUCAGAACUGCGCCCGUGUUCAACCUGUAGAUGGAAAGUUUAAGGUUUGCUGGAAAUUUGCUGUUUUUCCACUUUUGCUUUAUGCAGAUAAAAAGCAUGGACGGCGUGCUGCGUUCUGACAAUCAGCUUAUUGAAAAUUCCAGCACAACGCUAAUGGGGAAAGAAUUUACGGAACAAACUGACUGGAGUCCAAUGGUGGUUUUAAUAGCAGUCUUGCUCGGCAUUUUGAUAACCCUCACCACUGCUGGCAAUCUCGUGGUAUGCCGCCUUGUUUGGGUUUGUCGACGCAUGCAAAUCCCUUCAUUAUAUUUUGUGGCGAGUAUGUCAUUUUCUGAUUUCCUCAUGGGUUUGCUUGUUAUGCCCAUCAGUCUGGCAUAUCAUAUUAACUACCAAACCACAGGCCGGUGGAUUUUCGGGCAUUUCAUGUGCAACCUAUGGCUAUUCUUAAACUUCGUUCUGUGCAGCGCCUCCAUUUAUAACUUAUGUGUGGUCAGCGGAGACAGGUACCUCGCUGUUACGUCACCGUUAAAAUACUUGUCACGCAUGAACGAUCGCAGAGUCAAGCAAAUCAUUGGAGUCUCCUGGCUCUGUGCAUUCGUACUUGCUGGUUUCGUCACGUACGGUACGAACGCUUCUAAGGAAAACGGCGUCAAUUGUUCAGUCUGGGGUUUGCGUUACGAAUAUUCUGUCGUCGUGCUCAUCGUGGGGUACAUUCUACCGGUGUUUUUCCUUGUCUUUGUGAACGGCAAAGUGUUUGUCAUUGCGCAUUCCCAUAUGAACAGAAUCCACGCCCAGGAGAUGGCUUCAGUUUCAGCAUUUACCAUUGACAGGCCCAGUCAAGGAUCGACCAGCAAAACUGUUCAGAGAUCGAGACUAAGGCGUGAGAUCAAAAUAUUCAAAACAUUUGUUGUGGUAACAUGUACUUUCCUGUUAUCUUGGACGCCUUUUGUUGCCAUCCUUUUGAUCGAUUCAAUCUGGACUGUGCCAGAACUUCUCAGACAUUCAUCGAUCAUUCUUUUAUACUGCAACAGCGCUCUGAAUCCAUUUAUAUACGGCUUUUACAAUGCUGAGUUCAGAAAACUACUUGCUGAAAGCAUCAGAUGUAAGUGCGCUACACCAGUUAGGAAGAUUUUGCCCUCCUAAUGGCGGAGACGGCGUGAGCGAUGCGAAAGGACAAAUAACAGCAACAACAACAAUGUAACAACAACAACAACCAAAGUGAAUUUAUACGCGCAAUCACAUUAGAACGGUUUUCAAGUGGGUGUUGUUAAACCAAAACCAAACCAGUUACCUAUCAAUUAAUGUACUCCCCCAAUCUCAAACCGUAAUUACUCAGGCGUCCUACUCAAAAGAUAUUUUAGCGUUUACGUAUAUGUUUAUCGUUUACGUGUGGACAGGCAGAAUACGAAAACGUAAAACGCAAUUGCAUUGUUUAUUUGUUGAUAUAUUUAGUUAUUUACUUAUUUAUAUCUGUCUGUCUGUCUGUCUGUCUGUCUGAC